UGACAACUCGCCACCUGUCCAUCCCCCCCACAACUCGGCAUCUCUCCAAUGACGUCUUGAGAUUGGAUACUUUCCUUCCUCGUCGUUUACCUCUUCUCCUCUCUCCAUCCACAUCCACUGCCGCCUCUCCACCUUCACCCACCUCCAUUUCCCACCACCAUCACCACCACCACCAAUGGUGUUUUUGGUGCUGUGCUGCCAUUGCCAGACCCAGUAUCAAUCCACACUUCUCAACUUCAACCACAACAAUGGCGUCUCUCACUCCUGGCGUCCUCUCCAAACUCCUCCAAAAUCUCGGCAACACUGUCGCCGGAGACCACCGUUCCCCCCUCUUACAGGUCAUCGGAAUCCUCCCCUCUCUCCUCGAUGCCGAUCCUUGGAAAACCAACGGUUUCUUCUUGAGAGUCUCCGAUUCCAUGCACUCUGCCUAUGUUUCCAUCUCCGAUGACGAUGUUGAUUUGAUACUCAGCGACAAGAUCCAGCUCGGCCAGUUCAUUCACGUGGCUCGGCUCGACUCGGCUUCUCCUGUCCCGGUGCUCCGCGGCGUGAAGCCGCUCCCGAGGCGGCGAGCUUGCGUCGGAGAACCCAAGGAUUUGAUUUCGAGCGAUUCGCUGCCGAUUCGGACGAAAGUUGAUUUCUCUGAGAAGAAGAAGAAGAAGGGGUCGAAGAUCGUGAAGAGAGCGGAGGCGAACACGAAGAUUCGGAGGUCGGUGUGUGAAGAUUCGAAGCCGAAUCGGCUUUCGAUCGAGAAUGGGGAGUCGAAGAGGUCGAGGUUGGAUUCGGUGCGGAGGGGAUGGGAUCGAAUUCCGAGUACUACGAGGAAUCCACAACUUGUAUCGCGUGUGAAAUCGAAAGAAACUACCAAUUCUUCUAAUUCUCCUUCUGAUGUCCAGUCCAGUAGGAAGGCUUCUUCUGAAAAAGAUUCAGCCAUGACGUGUCUCAAUUUGAGCAUUUCACCACUUAAAAACAAAAAUCAGAACAUUUCACAGAAGUCAAUAAGCAAACUUGUAGAAAAAGAUUUGAAAUCAUCAUCUAAUGGUCCUAUACCAAGCCAUCUCACUAAGGUGCCCCUCAGUUUCAGAACUUGGUCAGAUCAGAAGAAAGAUUUCGUGGGAUUUGCUUCCGCAUAGUAUUCAUGAUAUCGGGAAGGAAGCUAUGGGUCAUAGGAAUCUUGCAUUUUUGGCUGCUGUGCAUGCACUGGAAGAAGCAUCAGCUGCAGAGUGUGUCGUCCGAUGCAUGAGUUUAUUUUCUGUAUCCAGCAUGUUUGAAGAACUGUGCCAGUCUUCUCAGAAAGGUUCUGCAGGUCAACUAGUAGAGCAAUUUUUAAACCUUCACAAGGGUAUGAAGAAAGCAGCAGCCAUUGUCAAUACCUUACUCGGCACAAGUUUUCAGGAACCAAAAACCAGUGCUUACUCAAAGCGCCCACUCCCAGAAAUCUGUGAAAAUUUCCCCAAUAAGAAUGCCGCGUCGUGGGUUCUAGCUGCUGUGGAGACUGAUCUUUCUAACUUCUGUUUGUUCAGAAAGGAAGACGAGAGUGAAAAUUCAAAAGAUGAGAAAUCUCAUUUUGUUGUCUUGGACAACAAGUCUAAAAAAGCUCAAGACAAGAACCAUUCACCUCAAAAUAAGCGCAGCCCUGGUAAUCAUGGAAGCUCCUUAUCAGAGUCACGCGCAAAAGCGACACCACCUACACGGAAGCGUCUCUCGACCAUGAAAAAAGCAGAAACGGAAAAGGAGUGGUCUAAAGGGAGUGGGUUGAACGAGGCAGCUAGUUUAGCAGAAAAACUGCUUUUAGUAUCUCGAACAUGGUUCUUGGACUAUUUAGAGGAUUCCUUAAACAAGGGAUUUGGAUUGAAGAUCGGGGAAGCGGACUCUGAAAUUGCAAGUCUCCUUAGGCAGCUUAAAAGGGUUAAUCAAUGGUUGGAUGACUCGGUUACAGAUGGAAUUGGGACCGAUGGGAGAAUAGAAGGCUUACGGAAGAAGUUAUAUGGAUUCCUAUUGGAGCAUGUUGAUUCUGCUUUUGUUGCAACUAGUUAGUUAAGGUACAGACUGACCUUCAUUGGGAUAUAGUUAAUAAAUUACUGACCAAGUUCAAAUUGAGAUAUGAUUGCUAUACAGUUAGAAGAGCUUAGAAUAGCGCAAAAGCUUCUGAAACUUUCUGAUUUUGUUUUUUCCAACUGUAUUUGUAACUUCCACUGAUUAAGAAAAAAAAAAUCAGUCACAGAAGACUUUGUUGUAAAACCUUACAUUAUUCAAGUGUAUAGAGGAACUCAGAAGUUCAUUCGGUUCCUUUGA